AUGUUGAGGGGAGGUGUUGGUGGAUUUUUGAAGAAUGCUAAAACAGCAACUGGAAUUAGAGCAACAAUUGGUCAACGAGAAACACGUAUUGGGAUUUCACAAGCUUAUGUUGCUAUUGCCCGCAAAUUGGGCACUCGUUGGCUAAAACGAAACAUACAACUUUGGUGUGAACAUUUAUUGGGCUUGGCUUGUAAAAGUAGUUUAAGUAUUGGAUCUACAACUUCUUUACCUUCCUCUUCCCAAUCAUUUUCUUCAGUCAAUGAUCAACUUUUAACAAUCCGUCGCUGUCUCCACUAUAUUUUUCGAUCAACAAUAGGCACUUUACUUUCAGAGUCAGAUCAAAUAACUGCUUGUAAACGUUUGGGAGUUGUUUUGGCUGAAUAUAACAAUUGUUUCGAUUGCGCAAUGGAUUCAAGUAAAGAAGAGGAACGUGUUCUAACCUCUGAAGUUCAUGCUAGUGCAAAUGCCAGUGUUGUUUGUUUAAUUGAAAUUGGGUGUAUAGCACUCCAAGUUGAUACGGCGAUUAGUACAGUUUUUAUUGAGGCGUCUGGUGUUUUGGAACCAAUUUUUGCUUGUUUACUUCAUCCUAUUCAAUCAGUUAGAAUUGCUGCUUCGUUUUGUUUAAAAUGCAUUGUCACUUCAAUUCCUUCAUUAACUACACCACUCGUAGAUCGCUGUUUAAGUCGGCUAGAAUACAUGAAAAAAUCACCUGAAGCAAUCAACGGAUUCUCACUUUGUUUGGCAGCACUGCUUUCUCAUUGUCGCCAUUCUCAACUCGGAAUUCCAUUCGCCAAAUGCCGUCAAGUUUUCAAUUUAGCUGAAGAAUUAAUUAAAUCUGCAACGCAAACCCCACGUUUAAUGUUGAGAAAAGUGCAAGCUGGAUGGAUUUUGAUUUCGGCAAUUUUGUCAUUGGGUCCAACAUUUGCUCGGCCUAUUUUACCCAAACUUUUUACACUUUGGCGCAUUUCUUUUCCUCGUUCUGCUGAAGAAACCAAAACUGAACGUGGAUGUGGAGAUGCUGGAAGUUGGGAGGCUACUUUGGAGGCUAGAGCGGGUGCUUUAGCUUCAAUGGCUAUUUUGGCUUUGCGUUGUCCUGAGUUAAUCAAUGAUGAAUUGGCGAAGAAGAUUAUUGUGCCUAUUGAAACUUCGUUAAGUACAAUGUCAAUGGUUGGAGAUUUAUUACUCCUUUAUGGCGUUCGUAUUCGUUCAGUUAUACAACUUUUACAUUUACGUCUAUUCACAUUAUUAUGCCGUAUUCCAGUCUCUCGAUUUGAAUCUGCAAUUAAUCCAUUAUUAAAAGAAGUUGUGGCAGAAAUUACUUUGUCUGAUAAUUCCCAAACAACACAAAAAAAUUCUUUAUGUGCUAGACAAUCAUUUUUAAGUAGUAUUGGAGGAGGAUUUGGACGUGGAGUAGAACAAGAAGUUUAUUUAGAAAAUGAGUUGAAUCCUCUACAACCUCUUCAACCAGGAUCUUUGGAUUUUGAUCCUCUUCAUUUGAUAGAAUAUGAUGGUGGUUAUAGAAACGGAAGUACUAAAGAAUGGUGGUGGCCAGAACCUCAACUUUUACCAAUUGCUGCUCUCGAUUCUGCCAUUCAAUUAUUUUCAAAAGUUUUCCCAGUAGUUUCCCCUCGCUGUAAACUUCAACUUCUUCAACAUUUUGGUGAACAACUAAAAAUUUGUCAAAAACCUUUAGCUAGAGCCCAAGCCCUCCAAAUAAAUAUUUUAACAUCUUUAUGUUUGGCUGCCGAAUUUAUUGGUAAAAGAAGGCAAGGAGGUGGAAGAUUAGAUGAUGCAGAAUUACAAAAAGCUUGCGCUGAUUUUGUGUUACCUUUUUUGGAAUCUAAUUCAUUGCUAAUUAAAUUCUUGGCCGCAGAGACGUUGGGUAGACUUGCACAAGCUGUAGCAACACCACAGUUUGUUGCAGCAAAUGCUCAAUUUUGUUUUGAAAAAAUUCGUUCAUUAAAAGAUGAAAGUUCUAGACAAGGAUAUACACUGGCAAUUGGUUCAUUGCACCGUUAUAUGGGUUCAUUAGGUAGUGGACAGCAUUUGAAUACUGCAAUUGAAAUUUUGCUGUCGUUGGCUCAAGACACUAAUAAUUGUUCUUCUGUAAAGCAAUGGGCCAUUAUUUCGCUGUCACUGAUAGCUUCAACUGGAGGUGGAAUGUUUUGCCCAUAUGCUGAACCAGUUCGUAAUCUUUGUUUCCAAUUAUUAAUGAAUACUCAACACUUGUCCAACGAGAUUGUUCGUGCUGUUGCUAAACUGAUUUUUUCUCUCAUAACGGCAGCUGGUCCAGAACUUAAUUCAACACCCUCAAGUAAUAAUGGAAAUAAUGCAGAAUCUGCUCGUAAUUCUUUUCUUACAAUAUGUUCAAUGCUUAUACAAUUUGAUGAUCCUUUUGUUAAAGCCGAUGCUACAGCUUGUUAUCAACAUUUACAUUUAUUUGUUCCUCGAUUUUUGGAUAUUUCUCAGUUGGUGUUGACUAUUUGUGAAUUUCUACACAGUCCAACAUUUAUUUUACGAAAAUCAGCAAUUGUAUGUCUUCGCCAAUUGCUUCAACGCGAAUCUCACGAAGUACGCGAGCAUGUUAAACCUUUAAUACCUUCAUCUGGUUUAUUUGUUGAAAAUGAUUUGGAUGGUGGAAGAAAAUCUGCGAAAAUUUCUGACAGAGUUUUUGUCCUACCAGAAUGUGGACUAGAAGGAGCCCUUUUUCAAAUGAUGGAUACAGAAACUGAUUUUGAAUUGCGUGAACAUAUAAAGCAAUCUCUUCUCUUUUUACUACAAACAUCAUGUAACGAACUUCUUGGAUUUUGGUUACUUCUUUGUAAAGACAUUUUGGGCAGUUCCCAGUUGAGUCAAGAUAAUAUUCGAAGCACAAUUUGUGUGACUGUUGAUGAUGGAAAAGAGGAAAAUGAGGAUGAUGACGAUGACAAUUUACAUGGAAGUACACCUUCAAAUACCAAAAUUGGAGGCACAGAAAUAUUAAUUCAACCUCGUUGGCCAACUCGUUGUUUUGCUUUUGAAAUUGUUCAACGCCUUUUGGGUGUUUGUGACACAGACAAGGCCCAUUUGGAUUUGGCACUAGCAAAAGAAUUGAAACAGAUGGAUAUUGAAGACGGAGAAUCGAAUACAAAUAAAAAAGCUGGAGAUUACCUAGUUUUGCAUCUUUCUGAUCUUGUUCGAAUGGGAUUUAUGGGUGCAACUAGUGAGAAUUUUCAUUUGCAAAUGGCUGGAUUAAAUUGUCUACAAAGCAUAAUUAGUAAAUUUUCCAAAGUAGCUGAGCCAGAAUUUCCCGGACAUUUAUUACUUGAACAAUUCCAAGCUCAGAUUGGAGCAGCACUUCGUCCCGCCUUUUCUCCCGAAACUCCCCCAAAUGUUACUGCUUUUGCCUGUCAAGUAGCGGGUACUUGGCUAUGUUCUGGUGUUGCUAGAGAUUUGAAUGAUUUGAGACGUGUUCAUCAAUUAUUAGCAUCUUCUUUAGAUAAAUUGCCUAAAAGCAAGUCGUCAGAUGUUGAAAAGCUUGAGCAAGAUAAUUCUUUGGUAAAUUUUUGCUAG